AUAUUUAGGAGACUCAAAAUGGAGAUCUAAGUGUUGCAGAUGCUUUAAUAGAUGACGAUAUCAAGUGAAAAUAUGUUAUACCCAUGAUUCAUGAAUGUCACAUUUUCGCAUUAUUUUCCAGAAUAAACUUAAAUUUCAUAUUUAAAAUAUUCUUUGAUUGUUUUUUUGCAAGUAUGCUUAAUCCUUUCUUAAAUCUAAAGUAUUUUCUAUCUUUGCUUAAUUAAAUACAGUUUUCAGUUCUUUCUUUGAAAAUAUUUUCAAAAAAUGAUGUGCAAGAAAAGGGAAACAUGUGUAUCCCCAAAAAGCUACUAGAGUUCACGUAAAAGAUAUUUUGAAAACCUGAAAGCUUUCACACUCUCUCACUUUAUCCCCCCCUCCCCCCACAUUGCUCACUCUUUCUCUUUUAGAUUUUAGUUACUCCCUCUCUCUCCCUUCUUUUGGCAUGGCUGAGCCAAGAACACAAUACAGUGAAUGCAGCUAACAAGAAAUAUCAAAACAACGACAUGAGAGAGCUAGAGAGCUUCAAAAUGACGUCACUACAUCAGAACCUUCAAUGGCCACCGGUGGGAGCUCCAACGAAUAUCCGACAAGAGGAGCCAUGGAGAUCUCAGUUCAACGAUCCAGUCAACGCUGUUUCCUUUGGUUUUAUCGCCACCGCCAUUCUCAUCUCAAUGUUCAUCGUCAUGGCCAUCUUCGAAAUGCUUAUUCGAGCCACCACCACUAACUCACAUUCUUCUCCGGGUCAGGUCCUUUCGGAUCUAGAGUCGCGGGUGGGGCUCAAUGGCCUUGCAUUUUCUAAGUUUGGUUGCGAAUCUCCCAAGUUAGGUGUGUACUCAAAAGGGGUCUCUGUGUUAAUGCCAGGAGACAAUGUACCUACAUUCAUUGCUCACCAUGCACCCGUACCCGUGCCCGCACUUGCAGACAAAAAGUCCAACACUCCAAGUUCCAGCUCAAACUCCAUUCAAGAAUGUUAACAAUUCUAGAUUUUCAUUAUUCAGUGUUUUGUUCCUAUGUGAUUGUGGCAGCUUUAUCUCUUAGAUUAAAGGAGGUUGUUAUGAGUAUCUUUUCGUAGAUAUAACUAAAGGAACCAAGCUGCUAAAGCCUGGCUUAAGUAUAUAAGUAUUUAAGAUUUGCCAGAUUUUAAAA